AGACUGGCCCAAGAAAUUCCGACAAGGGGAGAACCCUGCUUGCUCGAAAUUUGAUAUGGCUGUUCUAACCUCAUACACGCUUGUGGGGGUUAUAUCCGGAGUGUGUACCAUUCUAGAGGCACGUAGGCAGCUCCUCCGCAACGUGUACCAAGGUCUUGGGACGCUGGCACCCACAGAAAACCAUUCUUAAGACAAACCAGGUCUGCGAUCAGCUGAUUUUUGUAAGAGGAGCGCAAUAUUUUACAAACACUUCCUUCAAUCUUCCAAAAGUUUCACUGGUGUGGAACUCGAACCUUAAAGAUUCAGAUUAUCCCAAGAUGCAGGGCUCGUUCUCGGAGAUUGUUCUGGGUUUUCUGCUGAUUGCUUGCGUGGCAAAUGUUGGAAGAUGUGAACUCUUUACUUCCAUGGCGCAUCUACAAACUGCACUUUACGCAGAAAGAGACAUUGCUGUCACCCUGAAAAACUAUGUGGAGAAUGAAGAGGAACGACUACGACAAAUUAAAAGAUUAGCGGAGGACCUCGAGACUCACAGUGCCAAGGCGCUGGAGAAGCCUGACUACUAUCUGGCCAACCCAGUCAAUGCCUUCCUCUUUGUCAAGCGAUUCACUCUAGACUGGUCAAAGACUGUCGACCACCUUCUGAAGAAUGAUUCCUCAGAGACCAUGCGUAGGUAUGUGGACUACUACCGCCAAGACCUGCCCACAUACGAGGACCUGCAGGGCUCAGCUGCUGCCCUGAUGAGGCUACAGGACACAUACAAGCUGGAUACAUCCAAAAUAGCUCAGGGCGACCUGGGCGGUGUGCAGUCAACACAGCUCACAGCUGCUGAGUGUUUUGAGUUGGGAAGAUUUGCAUACAUCGCCGAGGACUUUUACCAUACAGCCCUGUGGAUGUGGCAGGCACUGAAAAUUGAGUCAGAUGAAGUGAAUAAAACAAUGGAGCGGACAGAGAUUCUAGAUUACCUGGGUUAUGCACUGGCAAUGAAAGGAAAUAUCAGGACAGCACUGGUAUUUACAGAGGAACUGCUGACACUAGAACCGAACCACGAGAGUGCAAGCAACAACAAGCGGUACUAUGAGAAGAUGCUCAAGGACAAGGAGGCUACUGAGCAAGCUCGAGGAGAUGACGGAAUCACCAUGGAUAUGGAUCCUGUUGAACACAAUUACCGCAGGUCACAUGAGUUCCAGAAUUAUGAGGCAUUGUGUCGAGGGGAGUCAAUAAUGGAGAUAAAAAAUUUACACAAGUUAGCUUGUCGGUAUCGCACACGGAACAGUCCUCUACUAAUUCUGAUGCCAGCUAAAGAAGAGGACGUUUUUCUGGAUCCAUGGAUUGUCGUCUACCAUGAUGUCAUGAGGGACUCAGAAAUAAAUGCAAUUAAAAGUAUAGCAACACCGAAGUUAAACAGGGCUACAGUACAGAACGCUAAAACAGGAGAACUUGAAGUGGCAACCUAUAGGAUAAGUAAAAGUGCAUGGUUGAAGCAGGAUGAAAACCCAGUAGUGGCCCAAAUCAAUGCUAGGAUGCAGGCCAUUACAGGCUUGAGUAUGGAGACUGCUGAGGAAUUACAGGUUGCCAACUAUGGAUUAGGAGGACACUAUGAACCACACUUUGAUUUUGCAAGGAAAGAAGAAAAGGAUGCAUUCAAGUCACUUGGUACUGGGAACAGGAUAGCAACAUUCCUGUUUUAUGUAAGUAAGGUCAAUCUGUAUGAUUACAUUACAUGGUCUUUGGGGGCCACUGUCUUCCCAUACAUUGGUGUGAAACUGUUUCCCAAAAAGGGUACUGCAGCGUUUUGGUACAACCUGUAUAAGAAUGGAGAAGGUAUUUACAACACCCGCCAUGCUGCCUGCCCUGUGUUAGUGGGGACAAAGUGGGUGUCCAACAAGUGGAUUCAUGAGAGGGGGCAGGAAUUCCGUCGACCUUGUGGUUUAUAUAAAGAAGAAUAACAUACCUGGCUCUCAAGCAGAAUUGAAGAAAAUUUGAAAGAAUGAAUGAAUCUCAGAAUGUAUAUUUGCAACCUCGGUUGAAUGUCAAAGUUUAUGUCUGUGAAUUGAUAUGUCUAUGUUCCUGCCAUGAAAUACAAGGUGAUGUUUUGAUGCUGAAAUAUCCUGGACAAAUGCCAGAUUUCUGUCAAUAUGUUAGGUUUUAAUCACCCUUUUGUAUUGUUGAUGAAUUGUGACAAAUAGCUGGUAUUUAUCCUUAUGUUGUCAUUUUGAUGUCAUUUUUAUACAUUUCUCAAACCUCCUACUUCUCUAUUGACCAUAUUUGGCAUAUCACAAUAUAGACAUACAUACACAAUGCAGUGUAAUGUAGGAGAUCUGUGCAUAGAUUGUCAAUUACCAAGAGAAACAUUUACAUGUUCACAGAUGUGUUUCAAUGAAAGUUGUCAUAGAAAAGUUAUAUGCCAAAUAUGGUAAUGCGUACAAAAUUUGUUUUGGGGACUUCUGAUGACUAAUGAAAUUACCAACCAGAUGUGAGCCACACGUUGUUUUGCUUCUCAUCAGUUUCUAACAGUGGUGACCUCAGAGGACGAGACCAGGUUUUGUAUUUGAAAUUGUAUAUUUUUGUACACACAAAAAGAACCAGACCCAUUAACCUUGGUUCUGUAACAGAGAACAAACUUAAAGAGAUGAAUCAAACUAUAUCUUACAGAAUGGUAAAAUGUACAUAUUGAAGUAUAACACUGCAAGUUGUGCUCCGAAAGUAUGGGUCUGAAUUCUAUGUAUGAUCAUGUAUUGUCAUACAUAUGUGUGUUCCGACAUUUGUAUUGCUUGAAUAACGUUGUGUUACUUGUAUGUUUAAAAACUAUACAUAUAUUUUCUCUUGCAAAUCUAUACAGAUAACUGUAUGUAAGAAUGAAGUCUUAAAAUUCAUUGACUGUAUGUCAGAUGAUGGUUUCUGCGAGCAACACUUGGAGACAGUUUCUCAUAACUGUUUGUUGAUGUGGAGCUAACCUGCUUAAGAAACUGAAGAACUCAUUCCGUUUUUGCUUUUUUACAAUGAAGAAGAUCAAAACAUUUUAUACAAAUUUACAACUUUGUGGAACUUUCGGAUAAACAAAGAGAUUUUAUGAUCAAAUGCAAUGGUUUGUGACUCGUUAAGUUUCCGAGAUGUUACCAUUUUAUAUUUUACGUAUAUAUUGUAUACCGGUACCAUAUUUAAAAAUAUACUCGUUUAUUUAUUGAAAAACAUGAAAUCCAUAAUUUUAAGUUAAAAACAGAUCCAUUUGAUAUGAUCAGAAAUGGACAGAGCCUUUCUUUGAUUAUUGAUGAUAGUUCUGGCAUUAAAUGUCCAAGUUUCUAACAAGGAAGUGGUCCCACGUUGUACAUAAUGUAUUGUUGCACACUAGCCAGGAUGUACAGGGGGCCAGCUGAAGUGGCAAGACUUUGCUCAAGUCCUGCUUCAGACAGUUGGCCAUUUUGAAAGGACACCUUCUAUUUGCUGUGGCUAACUGUCAUGCAUCAUUUGAUUAGGUAUAGGAAAUAUUGAAGGUAAUAUGGAUCAUGACUAUAAUUUGAUGGUGUUGUACAAGUAAUGGAGAGAUUCCACAAUUUCACCAAGGAGAAACAGUCUGUAACUGUUGGCGUUGGUUACGGUGUGUUGGUGAUACUGGCAUGUGUUGGGUGCUGUUGUACAAAACAACCUUAGCGCUAAGACUACAUUAAGUCUAUGUUAAGGUAUGGGAGUUACGGUCACCUUAGCGUUAAGAUCGCUUUGUACAAUGGCACCCUGGUCACUACAGAAAGAUGACAUGUCUUACUGCAAAGUGUGUAGAUGUCAGUGGUUCAACACCUGUGCCAGUAAGACUGAUGGAAGCAAGGAACUGUGUUCAUUCCUCACUCAGUCUAAGAAGGCCAGGAUGCUCACUCAAACUGUAGAACAGAAAACGUAACAUAUUUUUGAGAGAUGGUAAUCAGUCCAUACAAUUUUGAAAGUAUUCAUGCUCCCUUUACAUUUUUGAAGAUCAGAAUGGUUGUUAAAUGUUGCUUUGAUAUGUAGCAAGUAUGCACCUUGUAGCUCUAAUACUUAGGGACCGUUCAUAAUUUAUGGCUUGAGGGGGUGAUGAUGAUUGUUUUUAUGGAGAAGCAUGUACAAUGUGAAUGACCCCCCUUAAAAUUUAUGUACAAAAUAAGUG